AAGCGGCUUGUUCCGGCUUGCCCCUUUACAUCUUUUUUAUCCUUGCUCGCUAUUAAAAUAGUGCCCUGCGCUGCUCCUCUGACAAUUACCCACAAGCCAUUUUUGUUAAAUCGUCGGAUCGAGCUAACAAAACCGCGUCACCGGGGCCGAAGUAUGGAUGAUGCGUAGCCGUGCAGCAGCUCUCUGCCUGUGCAUCCCGGUGGUGAGUGCGAGGCGCAUUUCAGGCACCAUCACCGGCGGAGCGAUACAACCAUCUCCUCUCAGCCCCGGUUUGUCAAGCUGAGGGUGUGUGGCUCGCUGUACCUGAGUUGAACGUGUCCAUCACGUACUAAAGGGGGGCAGAGGAUCAAAACUGGACCAAGGGACCUGUGUCUAAUGCUCUGAGAUGCAGUGCCAAAUCGCUCUCGAAUCAAGAACUGUCUCCCUGGGCUGGCUGCUGCGGUUGUUUUGCAUCUGAUGAAGAUUGUUUUUUUUAUUAUCAUUAUUUUGAUGCGCUCCUGUGGAUGUCUAUGAAUAUGUUUAUCCUGGUGCUCUGGUAUAGUGCGUGAGUCACCGUCGGCGAGCAGGUGCUGUUGUCGGGGCUCGUUGACAUGCAUUCCCCCUGAGCUUGGCGACGCCUCCCUCAGUGGUGUGGUGGCAGAAUGCCAGUGCAGGCAGCCCAGUGGACAGAGUUCCUGUCCUGUCCCAUCUGCUACAAUGAGUUUGACAGCAGCGGCCACCAGCCCAUCAGCCUGGGCUGCUCCCACACGGUGUGUAAGACCUGCCUACACAAACUGCACCGCAAAGCCUGCCCCUUUGAUCAGACACCAAUCAGCACGGAUAUCGACAUGCUGCCGGUCAACUGUGCCCUGCUGCAGCUGGUUGGAGCUCAGGUUCCAGAUGUGCAGCCCGUGAGCCUGAGUAGUGCGGCAGAGGUGGAGCACUAUGAGGUCUGCAGGGUGUGUGUAGAAGAGCUGGCUCUCUUCUUGAAACCUAUCAGCGGAGCAAAAGGGGUGGCGACCCUGAGUCCGAGCGUGCUCAGUCGGCCCAUGCAGAGGAAGCUGGUGACCUUGGUGAACUGCCAGCUGGUGGAGGAGGAGGGCCGUGUGCGGGCGGUGCGGGCGGGCCGGUCGCUGGGGGAACGAACGGUAACAGAGCUCAUCCUGCAGCACCAGAACCCCCAGCAGCUCUCUGCCAACCUCUGGGCAGCUGUGAGGGCGCGUGGAUGCCAGUUCCUGGGACCUGCUAUGCAAGAAGAUGCACUGAAGCUGGUUUUACUGGCUCUGGAGGACGGCUCAGCUCUGUCCAGGAAGGUGUUGGUUUUGUUUGUAGUGCAGAAGCUUGAGGCUCGGUUCCCCCAGGCCUCCAAAACCAGCAUAGGCCACGUGGUGCAGCUGCUCUACAGGGCCUCCUGCUUCAAGGUGACUAAGCGUGAUGAGGACUCUUCGCUGAUGCAGCUGAAGGAAGAGUUUCGCACAUAUGAGGCUCUCAGGAGAGAACACGAUGCCCAGAUUGUCCACAUCGCCAUGGAGGCGGGCUUACGGAUCUCACCUGAGCAGUGGUCUUCUCUGCUGUACGGAGACCUGGUCCACAAGUCACAUAUGCAGUCCAUCAUUGAUAAGUUGCAGUCUCCAGAGUCGUUUGCAAAGAGUGUUCAGGAGCUGACAAUCGUCCUGCAGAGGACAGGAGACCCGGCCAACCUCACAAGCCUUAGACCGCACCUGGAACUACUAGCCAACAUAGACCACAAUCCAGAUGCCCCAGCGCCAUCAUGGGAGGAGCUGGAAAGUGUGAUGCUGGCUGUGAAGUUGGUGGUUCAUGGACUGGUGGAAUUCAUACAGAACUUCAGCAAGAAGAGCCACGACACUCCUCAGCCUCAGGCCAACAGCAAGUAUAAGACCAGCAUGUGCCGAGACCUUCGUCAGCAGGGAGGCUGUCCCCGAGGAACCAACUGUACAUUCGCGCACACACAGGAUGAGCUGGAGAAAUUUAGACUGAGGAACAAGAAGAGCAGCAGUGUGGGCCGGGCGUUUCCAUUAGCACCCGGGGUCAUGGGCAAAACCUUCACCAUGGAGGGCAGCAUCCACACAGAUGUGUCUGCAGGGGUGGGGCAGGGGCUCAAAGGCACAGGGGAGAACGCAGCCUCCAUGACGGAGGGAGUUCCUGGCCUGACUCACCCCCAGCUUAUCUCCAGAGGGGCUGACAUGAUAGAGGAAAUGAAGAGAGCGGUGCCAAAUGGAUCCAGUGGGGCUAAUGGGUCCAACGGGCUAUCUGGCGCCAGCAGAACUGCAUCGGGGUCAACAGAACAGAAGCCCAUCUCUCCUCCCAGGACUCCAGUCAGCCACUCCUCAGCGUCGUCUCCCUUGACCACAGUUGGACGGGGCGAUAGUGGUGCUCCUAUACCCAAACAUGGCGGGUUCAUGCUGCGUGCACCACAUCCUUCACAGGCGUCCGAGCUGUACUAUCAGGAUGCCCACUCUGCUUAUGACACAGGCCAUUAUCAACCAACCUCAGGUUCUUACUACCCAUCUACUCUUCAUCCUCCUCACAAACCAUGCAUGGCUCGCUUCCUCCGAUCGUCCAACGUCCCAGAAUCCUCGCUGCCACCCUCCAUUGGCCCUCCACCAACUUCCUACCCCAGUGAUCCUCAGACGCCACACCCACCUUCGUCCUCUUCCUCUGGGUACCCACCACACCCACCUAGAGAUCGGAUGGGUCCUGCCUUCCAUCCCCACCCGGGGCAGCCUCAGUAUGGGCCCCUGGCUCCUGCUCAUGGGGUUUAUGCUCCCCUGUAUGACAGCAGGAGAGUAUGGAGGCCUCAGCUGUACCACAGAGAGGAUGCCCGGAGUAACUCACUGCCUCCAGAGGUGCUGCACUCCUCUGUCUACCAGCCUCCACUCAGGGAGAGAUUCAACUCUCUAGACAGCAACUACUGCUCUGGAGCUGAACACCGUGCAGGGCUACACAGGGAUUACGGUCGUGUUCCUCUGGGCUACGAGGAUCUGUUCAGAAGGAAGCAGGAACAGUGGGCUCACCACCACCACCAUCACAACACCAACAGACCCUCACAGUCCUCCCCCAUCUUCACCAUCGAUUUUGGAACUGAGCAUGUGGAGAGCAGCGGAGGUCAGUGUGUGGGUUGCAGGUUCAGAGGCGAGGAAAGUUUAGCUCACUACUCUCCGUGGUCUUGCGGUACCAUCGGCCCCUGCCUCAGCCCCUUUGAGCCCGAAACGCUCACCCACACCUCGGCUCACUCCUGCUCAGAUCACUCGGAGUUAGACAGUAAUGGAGGCGGGGGUGGUGGCGUCAGCAGUGGCAGUAGUGUCGGGAAGCGGUGGCUGCAUUCACUGGAUCACUACCGCCGCUUGAAAGACGAGGACCCAAUCAUUCCCUUCAGUGAGGGGCCCAUUAUCUCCAAGUGGGGCGCCAUAUCCAGGGCGUCACGCACGGGCUACCACACCACUGACCCCGUCCAAGCCACAGCCUGCCAAAGCAGCGCCAGCACCACACCCAUCAACUUUAAAGAUUACAACCCCCACUUGGAUCACAGUGACUACAGGUGGAGUUCCAGAGGAUCAGACUCCUCCAGCCACUCCAGUUUCCUAGAGAGUGAGCAGCUGUGUGCAUCAGAGUUGCGUGGCCGUCGCACUUCAAUAAGCAGCGGAGAGAAAAUUGUUUCCGAUCUGCAGGCCCACCAGACCGCCUACGGCCAGGACCGGGAGCGGGCCGAGAGCGAACCGGACCCAGGCCGAGACAUUGAGCUGGAACUGUGCGCUCUGGACAUGGAGGAUUCAGACCACCAGGAGAUCAAGUCUCAGGAGUCUUUAGACCUGGCUACCCCACAGUCUCAGGAUGCUUCCCACCUCCUCCCACCUCCCUGCUCCUCUCCCCUCCUCUCAUCCCCUGUCGAGGAGCGCCCCCAAACAGAGGGUCCUUCGACAGAAAAGAUGGAUGCUCACCUGCUGAAAAAGAUGGCCUUCAGGAAGUCUCUGUCUCCUGGAGGGUUGGUCUCAGGAGGUCUGGGCGUAGGCAAGCUGGUGCUGCGGACUGGACCUUCUCGACUGGGGGACACUUCCACCCGGGCUUGUCCAGACACGCCCGGGACAGAGAUGCUGCUCAAUGGAAGCUAAGGGGACACAAAGUCAGACAGUGACCUGUAUCAAUGCUAGCGCUGAGCUGCUAGCCCACAACCAGAUCCUGGUUAAAGGGAAUACCAUUUAAUUCCAGCCUUCAUAUUUGUUAAUCAUAUGCCUAAAUAAAACUUGACAGAUAUGGGUCACCAGUCUGUGCUGCGCCACGCCGCAAGGGGCAAGAGAAAACACACUGUCCUGCCUCCUAAGUAGUCAUUUUCACCAAUAUAUAGCUCCACAGAGAAUUUAGUGAUAUCACUUCUAAUGCCUAAUAAGGAUCUGUAGAUGCUGAACUUGUCCCUGUUUGCAGUUUAAAUCACAUUUAGGAGAAAGGCUGGAGAUCUCACACCAUCUUCGCCACAUGAUUGCUCUCUCUACAUGUAUAAACUCCUGAGGUUUAUACUGUGCAUCGUCCAGUUUGUUGUCGUCCAUCACCGCUGACAAAUGCCACUUUUUCAGUUUUCAAGAUUUCUUUGAUACAGUACUGGUUUAUAACCCAGCGCCACAUAGCUAUCCAAACAAAACUUCACACAAACCUGGCAUUAUUUAUCCCCUUUUGAAACUUUUUGCCGCCUUACGGAUAUCUGCCAAUUAUUUUUCUUUCUAUAUCUCUACAUGUUAAGGCAUUUGUUUAGCCACUGGUUUAGUUUCUAGCUUUUGUUGUGUUGCUGCAUUACACAUUUUCAUAAGUAUUUCCUAAAACAUCAAAGAGAUAGAUGUAAUAAUACUGAGAGCAAAAAUGUGUAGGGCGCUCCAACGCUCCAAUAAAAUUAAAAAGGAAAAAACUGCAGGAAACAGAGGACUUCACUAUACUGAUAGUGAAACAAGCCUCUGUCCUUUAUGAGUCAUAUGAUUUAAAUGUUGACCUUCAAAUUCCCUUAACUGUCACAAGAUCACAGAGCACAACGACACAGUCAUAAACUGAACCUGAUAAUGAUCAUUGAUUGCCGAAAGUCACGAGGGAUGAACAAAGUAAACUACUAUACUAGCUAUACUAACAUAUUUUCUCAGUUGACUCGGUCUGCAUAACUAAAGAAUACAAAGCAAUUCUUUUUGUGAAUAAAUUGUAUCUUGAGCUGCGGAUGGAGAUAAUUUAGUAGAUUUCUGUUUGAGCCACAUACACUCACAGUCAGCCUCAAAAACUGCUGUUUCAUCUUUGUGUGCCCUUAGUGGUACUGGCAUUUAACCCUGCUGACUGUAAGCGAGGACAGUCUCACAGCUCUCUCUCUCUUUCUCACACACGCACACACACACACACACACACACACACACACACACACACACAUACACAAAAUACACGUGUGCACAAACUUGUCAUCCACACAUAGCAGACACAAACAUGCAAUACAGUGGCCUUUCUCUCCUUGGUGUUGUAUAAAACUUGGGCUCUACAAUGACGUUUGUCCACGCUCACUGACUGACUCCUGUCUCAUUUCAGAGGCGUGAUCUUACACGUAACCGUGAUCCGACAAACCGAACACUGGAAGUCACAUCUUUGUAAGCCCAUGGCUUUUUCUGUGCUUUUCCAGCCCAGUCACAUUCACGUACUGUGUAAACAAUAGUCAGAGGUCAUGCAUGAUUUCUCAAGCUGAGGCCUACAAAAAAGUGAGGGACACCAAAUUCUUGUGUUUCUUCAUGCUGUGUCUUUGUUUCACAUUUUAAAAAGUUUUGGUUCGUUUUAUUUUAUGCAUUGCUAACUUCUGUGAAGUUGUUCGUCGGGGUAUUUUGUAUCAGGAUCUUUGUUACUCUUGUUUUGUUUCUUAUGUUUUAAUUCACAUUGUCUGAUGUUUCUCUGUGUUUGCUGGCCACCAGAUGUGCUGUCGUCAGUAAAGUCCACCAAAGUCUAGUUCACUGUUAUUUUGUGCAGUAUGGGUGAUUUCCAUACAGACCAGCCUUGCCUCACUCCCUUUUAUAGAUAUGAGGCAUCUCGUCAUGUGUGGUUUAGUCUUAAAGACCUUAGCAUUAAACAUUAACCCAUCUUAUAUACACAGGAUUUAAAGUCAUGGAGACUCCACUGAGUUUGUUUACACCCGCUCUAAAUCUUAUGAGAUUUGUGUAGAAAGAAAAAAUGGAGGGUUAACUAAUCUUUUGCGUCUUUCAAGUUCCCUCUUUGCUUUCCUCUCACCUAAGCUACUGUACUGUCUCAAAAACUUCACGAGAGGCAAGUAGCAGCAUCCUUCCCCUCAAGUUAUAUCUUAAAUCCCAUUUUAGAGGAUGGCAGAAUGGCUGUACAAAUGAGGAAAGGUUUUUGAGUUACAAUUUGAAGAGAACGAACACUGAAAUGAUGGACUGGUGACCUUCUUGGGGUUUCUGUCUUAUCUUCCACCCUACUGCUGAGAGAAGCGGGUAGAGAAAACGAAGAACUGGACUGAACAAUUCAGCGUGACUUGGAUGUGAUAAUACCAUUUUGGAGAAAUGUUUUGUAGUGUUAAUUUCUGACCUGUAAAAGGCAAGAGCUGGCGCAGGGAUUUCAGCUGCUCCAAGUCAUGAAAUUAGCCUCAGCUACCCACUGUCGCUCUGCAUCUGUUUACAACUUCAGCUUUGAAGUCAUGUAACGUUAAGUGCCAUGUUGUGUACAGUACAGUACAAUCAAUCCCUGCAAUGUUCCUAUAGCUUUUCAUAUUCCUCAGCUGUACACUUAUGCGAGGAGGGAAAGGCUCAGUCAAGUGGAGGAGUUAAGACACUUCUCUUGUAAUUCUACUUUGUUCCAUUAGAGGAAGCUAGAUCCUUGUCUGUCUGAAUCGCUCAGGGAAGACUUAAGUUGCUCAGCUAGUACUUUGGCUUUUUCUAUAUUCAUCACUUUAAAUAUUCUGUGGAAGUAUUUACCUGAAUUUCACUUGUUGAUAACCGAUCCUUUCACCCAGAGCAAAAUGGGAUAAAGUGUUAACGAUGAUUAUAAUGUUUGCCAGUGUUUACUUUGCCAGUGUUUUCUUUUGCCUCUCAGUAUCAAUAUUGAUUUUGCUAUUCUAGCUCUCAUGGGAAAGGGCUGGGCACUACUGUAUGUAAAAACAGUAUUGUGAGUAUUGAACUUAUGUCAAAGUGAUACUCCCUGUUUCCUUUAAAAGUGUCUAUUGAGCACUGCUGUAGUGGCUAAUUGCACUGCACUAAUUUCCACCCCAUCACUGCCAGCA